AUGUUCUCCCAAGCGCGGCGCACGGCGUUCUGUGGACUUGCUAUGACGUUUGCGUCGGUGGUGGCGCAGGCACAGUUCCCUGCUAGUAUCUUGAACUACGCGACAGGCGACGUUGUCAACUUCACGAAGCUAUUCUCGUCCGACGGCAUUUUCGUGGAAACGUGGACCCAAAAGUCGUGGAAUGGACUAACUACGUUUGCUAAGUCGACGCCUCUCCGAUGCUUUGGCGUCGACUCGGAGACGCCGUACGAUGUGGCUGUCCUUGGUGCACCCUUCGACACUGCAACAAGUUUCAGACCUGGGGCGCGUUUUGGCCCUAAUGGCAUCCGACAGGGCGGGAGGCGUCUUGAUGUCUCAAGGAUCAACGUUCCAAUGAAAAUGCGAGUCAGUGACCGUCUCGAAGUCGUCGACUGCGGAGACGUGCCAAUGGUCUACACCGACAACAAAGUCGCGUUGCGUCAGCUCGAAAUUGCGAACGCUGCAUUGCUUGCGAAGACGAGCUUGCGUUCCUACGAGGGCACCAGCAUCGCAAAGGAUGGAAAAUUCCACCCGCGUGUUCUGACUCUGGGUGGUGAUCACACCAUCACUCUACCGUUGCUGCGUGGAGUUGCUGGCGUGUAUGGUCCAGUCAGUGUUAUUCACUUUGACAGCCACAUCGACACCUGGAAGCCAAAAGCUAUGGAUGACAGCCCGUGGCUUCCUGGGGAAGAGAUCCCUGUCUCUCACGGCAGCUAUUUCUGGUACGCGCACAACGAGAGCCUGCUUGCACCUAAUAACGCCAACAUCCACGUUGGCAUCCGUAAUUCAUUGCAUAGCUGGGAAGACUACGACAACGAUCAUGAGGUCGGCUUUGUGAUUUCGCACGCCGAUGAAUUGGAGGAGAUUGGCUGGAAAGGAGUCGUUAAGCAGAUCAGAGACACAGUCGGUGACAAUCCCGUUUAUAUUACGCUUGACAUUGAUGUCAUCGAUCCUGGCAUGGCACCUGCGAUUUACAGACCCGAAAUCGGCGGUAUCACGACAAGGGAGAUCAAAAAGAUCCUCCAGGGUCUAGCCGGCCUGAAGAUCGUCGGUGCGGAUAUCGUCGAGGUCGCACCAGGUAAGUGCCUAUUGCACGAGAUCACACAGAUUACCGCUGCGAACAUCGGAUGGGAGAUGCUCGCUCUAAUGGCGAAGACUCCGCUGGUUGCCUAA